CAGGCAUAUAUGGUUGUGUUGCAGACUAAAUCACAGUAUAUAUCUCUAUGAGUGUACAGGGCAUUCUUGUCUGUGUGUUUGUGCGUGUGAGGGUGUUAUGACUGAGGGCGUGUGCGUGGGCCUCCGAGAGCACUUGUGGUCUGUUGUUAUGUGGGAGUUCACAACGUUGUGCAGUGUUUUUUGUGUUUUUGUGUCUGUAGUAUUUUGUAAUUCAGAGUUGGCUAAGUAUCCUGACAUGCUUUUACCUGUUUCUAUGACAACAGGACCAGACGUCAGUAUCCAAGAAGCAGAGGCAAUUUCUAGCUAUAAUAGUGUGAUAAUAAUUUACCAUAAAAAGAUGCACAUAGAUGGUUAUUUGAGUCAGUGCUACACGCAAAACUAUCUCUGAUAUGUUGCAUUAAAGAAGUAAUUAGUGUAAGUGUGCAUUAUUUAGAACAGGUUUAUUUGAGGUGGAUUUAUGUGGUCACUGGAUUUUUAUUUAGGAUAUUUUAAGAGUUAAAUGUAGUGUAGUUUGAGUUUCACUCCUCCUUGGCCCGCUUUCUUCAGUUUGAAUGGCUCAGCAGUGUCUUUUCUCCAGAUGCACCUGCUCUGUCCAGCUGUACUUUUCUUUGGCCCAGAUUCUGUCCUGGCUCAGGUGAUUUUUCCGUCUGAUGACCUGGAUUUACUUCAGAAAUACAGUUCUGCAUUGUGCAACAGGUGUGCAGACUCUCAACAUGGACCCGAGGGGUUUUCUCUGUUUCACACACAUCAGAGGCUUGUCUCCUGAGGCUCUGGGGUUCCUGUCUGGCAUUGGUGUGUUCAUCUUUCUUGUGAUUGUACUCUUUCUUUACCUCAAUAACAAACUAUCCCUUGAGAGUGCCAACCAACUGUCCAGCCUUGACCAGUACAGGAAAAGCACAGAGCCAGCAGAUUAAAAUAAUUUCAUAACAUUCUGCGAUGACUGAGACCAAAUCAUGCUGUUUUUGAAGCUAAGAGGUCCAGGAUAACACCAAGGUCCAAAUUCCCAAACACUGCGUGACAAUCUCCAGAGAGGUGCUCAGAUCAUUUUUAUUUGUUACUGCCAUUUAAAGUAGUUUUUAUCUGUAGAUUUUGAGCAUGUCCAGACAUUCCCUAAAGCUUGUUUAUUAAGGAUUGAAGGCCUGGGAAGUUGGACAUUUUAGAGAAAUCAUAAAUUGAACCAGCCAUCCAUGGCACCAUGGCAUUUUUUAAGAGCUUCCAGCAACAUCUCCCCUCUAUGUCCACCAUGUUGGAAUCGGUGUCAGAAAAGGUUGAUGACCUGGCUUAUGCACUGAGUGAUGUCACAUUCACUGUGAGCGGAGAACUUGCUGAACAUGUUAACACCAUCAUCCACAAAGUCCAGGCCGAGGAGCUGAAGAGGAUGCGUAGGAAAGAGGCGGAAGAGAAAGAGGCUGUGGCACGGCAAGCCCAGGAAAGAGAUCCUUUUCUGGGUAGGACUGAAAUCCAGACCCAGGCUGCAUCUGGCCUAGUGAAGGACCCUGAGCCUCAGACUACAAGCAACGAAACAGGUUCAGUGUUGUCCACUGAGACAUUCUCUGCAGAAAAUGACCUUUCACAGGCUCCUGACACUCUGAAAGAAAAGUUCAAAGCGCAAAAUGGUGCUGAUUCACCUUCUGUGCUACAGCAAAAUGGAUCCUGUGUUAAAGAAAGAACUGGGUCCAUUAAACUCAAAACAUCAAGAAGCCCAGCAGAUGGCUGUGAGGAGAAAAACUCUAGUAAUAGUGAGAGACCUGCUGAAGAUAAGAGUUACGUGAAUGCAGACUAUCACUGCUCAUCGUCGGACAGUGAUGAUGAGGUGAUUGGUCAGUACCAGGAGGCCGUGACUCGAUCACAGGGUCUCCGGGGUGGAUCAGCGGUGACUAACCCACGCCACCAGAAGGGCUAUGGCUGGGACACACGGCAGAAAUACUGCCCCCUAGCAGCUGAAUACGAUGGCUACAGCAGCGAGGCCUCAGCAGAUGACGUAAACUGUAUCCAGCGAAUGAGACGGACUCCACCAUUGGAUGAGCUGCAGCCUCCGCCCUAUCAGGAUGAGGAUGGGUCACCACGUAUGUCGUGCACACCCUCUGACCUGGGCGAUGCCAAAUGUGACCUUUCCCAUGGGAGCGAGAGCCCCAGGCACAGCUAUGGCAAAUGUCCAAGUGAGGUCAGCGGAGCACAGGAAACCGAGAGUUUCCUUAACAAGGGCUAUGAAGAAGAUGUGCCCAGUGACAGCACUGCUGUACUCAGCCCAGAGGAUCUGUCUGCACGUGGAUCGGCGGCUCAGCUGCCCAAAGGUUACGACCCUGAGCCUCUCGCUCAAUACGGAACUCUCGACGUCAUCUUCGACUACGAUUCGUCUGACCAGCGUCUGUCCGUCACAAUAACAGCGCUGACAGACAUCCCUUCUCUCAAACGCACGGGUAACAUCUCCUGGCAGGUGCAUCUGGUGCUGCUGCCCACCAAAAAACAGAGGGCGAAGACUAUCAUCCAGCGUGGCCCUUGCCCCGUCUUCACAGAGACAUUUCACUUCAGCCAUAUCGAGUCGGAAAUGAUCGGGAACUACGCCGUCCGGUUCCGCUUGUACAGCAUCCGCAGGAUGAAGAAGGAGAAGGCUCUCGGAGAGAAGGUGUUCUACCUCACCAAACUCAACCUGCAGGGCAAGAUGUCGGCCCCCAUCAUACUGGACCCCUGCUGUAACAUACCCGGCAGUGACUCUCAGGCAAGCGUGUCAGAUGUGUCGUGCAGCGAGACGGCCUCGUCGUUCCCGUCUGCUGGUCAGGGGUCGGCUCCGGAGAUCCUGCUGGGGCUUGUGUACAACGCCACAACGGGACGUCUCUCUGUGGAGGUCAUCAAAGGAAGCCACUUUAAAAACCUGGCAGCAAAUAAACCUCCCAACGGUUUGUUCUGUUGUCUAAAGCACUUGAUAGGUGGGCAGGUGUACAUAAUCCGAGACACUUACGUAAAGCUGACUCUACUGAACUCAAUGGGUCAAGAGAUGUCCAAGUGCAAGACGUCCAUUUGCCGAGGCCAACCCAACCCCACCUACAAGGAGACCUUCGUGUUCCAAGUAGCUCUGUUCCAGCUUUCCGACGUCACGCUCAUCCUGUCUGUCUACAACAAGCGCAGCAUGAAACGGAAGGAGAUGAUUGGCUGGAUCUCUCUGGGGCUGAACAGCUCCGGGGAGGAGGAGCUGACACACUGGACACAGAUGAAGGAAUCGAAGGGACAACAGGUGUGUCGAUGGCACAGUCUUUUGGAGUCCUAGAAUGUCAACAAGUGAUGGAAAUGAUGUGUGUAAUGGAGUGGGGGACAGAGAGCAGGUCAAGCCCUCGAACGGCCCCAAGACGACAGAGCUGGCCCUCACUGCAGUGCAUUAUGAGAAACACAAGUAGUAAUCUGCUCUCCUUCCCAAUGCACUGUAGGAAAUGGGUUACAGAAAAUGGUGAGAACAUGGUUAGAGAUGCCACACCGUUAAUGGAGGAAACACUUAUUAGACAGAGGCUUAUGUUUAUUUAAAUAUUUAUUUGUAUAUUUUUGACUUGACGUUUCUAUUUUUGUUCUGCUUAAGAUGGCUCUGGUGUUUCAGGCACAGUAAGAAAGAAAGAACAAACAAAUAUGUGUGAGAUCCAGAUGUGAAGGAUCUUCAGAGGUGAGAUGAGGUAAAAUAUCUUAGCUCAGAUUAUAACUGGUGUCUUAAGAUUACAUUACUCUGACCUACCAAAGUAGUACAGGGGUACAAUUGCUAUCAGGUUGACUAGAUGCUAUUCUGAGGCAUUUUAAUAGAAACUCUGACAGAUGUAUCUAUAUGAAUGGCUGGGCUCCAUAAUGUGAUCAGAUAGAUCUUGUUCUAAUACGUGAUUUAGUGCCAAUGCAGACUUCACCACACAGCCUGUCAUCUAGCGUUAUAUGUCAGCUAUUUUAUUCCUCUCAUUCUGAACUUAACACUUAGCAUUCAGAAAUCACCACAAAACAAAUAGAUAACAGAGAAAUAUUCUUUCAUUCUCUAUAAUAUAACUAACAGCCAAUAAGGAUAUAACUUUUGUUUUGACUAUCCACCUUAUUUUUCAACACAAAAGUAGGCUGUUUUCUCCAAAUGUCUGAAACUUCCAGUUCAUUAGCCGCUGUAGGUAGGGUUGCCAGGUUUUCACAACAAAACCCACCCAAUUUCUACUCCAAAGUAGCCCAAUCAUGUUUCAGUUGGGGGGUCCCCCAGUAAAAAUCAAGUUCCGGAAGAUAAGAUACAAGUUUUUUUGGCAAGAUUCCUCUUGUAAAAUUUGUAUUCCAGAGGCUAAAUAUCACAUUAUUAGGGUUGCUUCAACCGGCAGCAACAAAGUAGCCCAAUUCCACUAGAAAACCGUGGACUUGGCAACACUAAGUGUAGGGAAAUAACUAGAACAAUAAUAAAGUGCAGUAAACAGUAAAUCUGUUUGCACUACAAACCACUGUGUUCAUAAUUAAGAUAACACAUUAAAAUAAUUUGGCAAGAUACGCCAGUUUGCAAUAUCAAGCAGCAAAACCAGCUGUUUUGUACAGCUAAAAAUAGCUGGAAGUGAAUGACACCAGAAGCCAGAUCCAUUAAAUUUACACUCUCACAGAAAAAAUAAGGUGGAUACUUUUCUAGAAACACAUUAAUAUAAUAAUAUAAUGCUUUUAAUAUAAUACCCUUAUAAUAAAAGUAUCAAUUAUUAUGUGACAGAUCUAAAGUAUAUAAAUAAUUUGUUGACGUAUACACUCAUAUGAAACACAUUAUAAAACACAUUAUACAAAAUCUUCAUCUAUUGUACAUUAAAACCAUGUAAAACAGAAGCCUUAUUUAUUAUAUUUUAACUAUACAUUAUAGAAGAAAUAUCCUAAAUACCUUUACAUAAUUCUAAUAAAGUCAUGUAAUGUCAAUACAAAAUUGGUGAUAAUCGAAUUAUACAAUAUAGACCAUAAUGUUUUCACAACUGUAAAGGCCUGUUCACACCAAGAAUUAUAUAUAUAUGUGUGUGUCUGCACCUACAGACAAUAACAUUCUGAUUAUUAUACAAGUUUUGUCAAUGCAAAUGGGAUUUCAAACACCAUUCCUGAUGAAGAACAGUGACCACAUGCACCAUUAGCUCUUACUUUGACUUUAGAGUCAAAUCUGUGACUGUUCUGAAUCGUGAGACCAUUAUGAAACCAUUUUUGAAGUUUCUAACAUGGUGAAAUUAAGGCUGCAUUAAAGGACAGUUUACCUAAAUAAUACAAAUUCUGUCAUUAAUUACUCACCCUAAUGCUGUUCCAAACCCUUACGACCUUCGUUCAUCUUUGGAACAAAAAUUAAGAUAUUUUUGAGAGCGUUCUGACCCUGCAUAGACAGCAGUGCAACUGACACGUUCAAGGCCCACAAAGGUAGUAAGGAUAUAGUUAAAAUAGUCAAUGUGACAUCAAUGGUUCAACCUUAAUUUUAUAAAGCUACGAGAAUACUUUUUGUACGCAAAGAAAACAGAAAUAAAGACUUAAUUAUUUUGCAUGCAUGGUACUCUCAGAAUGCAUGUCGAAGACUGGCACGAAAGAGAAGAAAUUGUUGAAUAAAGUCGUUAUUUUUGUUUUGUUUAUUUUGAUGAUGUCCUUACUACCUUUCUGGGCCUUGAAUGUGUCAGUUAAGUUGCUGUCUAUGCAGGGUUAGAAAGCACUAAGAUUUAAUAAAAAAUAUCUUAAUUUUAUUCCGAAGAUGAACAGGUUUGGAAUGACAUCAGGGUUAGUAAUUAAUGACAGAACUGUCAUUUUUUGGGUGAACUAUUGGGUUAACUGUGGGUGUGUAUUUGCCAUACUUUUACAACAGACUGUUCCCUCUUCUCUUUUGUAUUGAAUUUAUGUGAUCUUACGAUCCUGAAUGUUCAAGUUUAGUACCUAAAUCUCAACACUCAGUACUGCAAAACACUAGAGAUGCAGAAUGCCAGUAUGUCCUGUAGAGGACCAGUGAUGAAACUGUGAGGAUGUUUAUAGCACGUGAUGGCAAGGAGGCUUCUCGGCGCUUUUGCUCUGUCUUUACAAGUGUCCUGAUCUCUGUGCGGUCAACCUGUGAAAUCUGUCUUGAACUAGUUUCUUUCCUUUCUUGAGCGAUGGUCAAACUCACUCAGUGAUUGUUACGUACUGUAAAUGGCACAUAGAUUUUGCUGAUCUAUUUUUGUAACUAUAUAUAUCUGAGAAAAUGGACUCACUUUCUUGGUAAAUGUAUGAAGCUCUGUGAGCAGUAUGGAGUUGUAGACUUUGUUCUACUUUCACAGUUCAGUUGAUUUUAUUAGUGAAUGUGUCACUCAUUCAGUGUGUUGUUUCAAAAUAUGACAAGGUAAUUGUUCAAAAACAAACAAACAAAAAAAAAAACCUUCACCGUCUGGUCCCUGUCUUGCAGGUUGAUAUAAAAAAAAAAGCGUGUAAGAAAAGGGGAGUGUAGGUUAAGUGUGAUGUUACAUUCUGUUACAUGUAUUCUUAGCUUUGCUGAUGUCUUUUCAGGUGAUGAUGCACUGUAUGAACCUGUUUUAAAAGAGAGAAAAGUCAGGUAUGGCAAGUAGCUAGACUCUUUGAGCUGGUAUGUUUUGUAAGACCAGAAUUAAGCACAUUUUUAGGGCACAUGAAACACAUCUUGUGAAAGAGCCUUAGACUGCUGGUCCUCAGAGAGUCACAACUGGACAAUAUCUGCCGCACAGACCAAGUCCCAUGAAAUGCACAGCUGGGCUGAGCUUUCCCUCUCAUGCUGGGACUGGGAGAUGUUCUCCGUUUCUUCUUGGCAAACUAAGUAAACAGUCUCAAUUUUAUUUUACCAUUCCGUCGACUUUUAAGCCUGAGAAAAUGCCCCAGCUGUCAAAAUUACGAUGACAUUAUACAGCACAAUGUUGAAAUAUAGGAUGUUAAAUGCAUUAUGACUAGAAAACAGCUGUGUCACAAACUGACACAGAGAGGCUGUUAUGUCUCACUCGUGACAGUUUUAUUAGGGGCUUGGCACACUGUUGCCUCAUGCAGAUACGGCUUCCAAAUUAUUUUCCCACUAUAAAUGAGAAUCUCGUUCUAGCCACAGUAAAUCAGUUAAAUAUUUUGGUUAUGUGGCACUGCCAGCCUGCAGUUCCUCAUACUCUACCCAGUCCGUCUUUAAAGGGAUAGUUCAUCUUUAAUAUAACAUUUUGUUAUCGUUUACUCACCCUGAUGUUGUUCUAACCCUGUUUUAUUUUAAUGAUAAUCUUUUAAAGUCUUCUGAAACUUUACGAUAGUUUGUGUCGAACAAACCAAUAUUCAUUGUUCACUGAUAACGAAUACUGAGGAGGAAGAUAAUUAGUGAAUAUUGUAUUAAAUCAUGGCCUGUUUCACAUUCACUACUAUUUUUAAUCAUACACUACUAUUUAAAAGUUUUGGUGUCAGUACGAUUUUAGUUUUUGGAAGAAGUCUCUUAUGCUCACCCAGGCUCUAAGUAUUUGAUCAAAAAAAAAAAAGCGGGGAAAAAAAAUUGUGAAAUGUAUUUGUCAUUUAAAAUGAAAUUUUUGUAUUUUAAAAUAUUUUACAUCUAUUUCUGUGAUGGCAAAGCUGAAUUUUCAGCACAUACUUAAGUGUCACGUAAUUGUUUAGAAAUCAUUCUAAUGUGCUCAUUUCCUGCUCAAGAAACAUUUAUUAUCAAUGCUGAAAACUGUUGGUGUUUUACGACAGCGUUUUAAAAAGUAAAAAAUGUAAGAUUACCAGAUUAAAAUCGAAUAUUACGAAUAUGAAAUGUUACAAGAAUAAAAUCGAAAUUGUACAAGAAUAAAGUAAUAUUUCAAGAAUAAAGUCGAAAUUACAAGAAUAAAGUCAAAAUACUUCAAGAAUAAAGUCAAAUAUUUCGAGAAUAAAGUUGAAAUAUUACGAGAAUAAAAUCAAAAUACUACAAGAAUAAAGUCAAAAUAUUUUUAGAAUAAAGUUGAAAUAUUACGAGAAUAAAGUCAAAAUAUUUUGAGAAUAAAAUCGAAAUAUUAUGAGAAUAAAGUCGAAAUACUACAAGAAUAAUGUCUAAAUAUUUCAAGAAUAAAGUUGAAAUAUUACGAGAAUAAAAUCGAAAUACUACAAGAAUGAAGUCAAAAUAUUUUUAGAAUAAAGUUGAAAUAUUACGAGAAUAAAGUCGAAAUACUACAAGAAUAAAGUCGAAAUUACACGAAUGAAGUCAAAAUAUUUUGAGAAUAAAAUCGAAAUAUUACGAGAAUAAAGUCGAAAUACUACAAGAAUAAAGUCAAAAUAUUUCAAGAAUAAAGUUGAAAUAUUACAAGAAUAAAAUCGAAAUUGUACAAGAAUAAAUUCGAAAUACUUCAAGAAUAAAGUCAAAUAUUUCGAGAAUAAAGUUGAAAUAUUAUGAGAAUAAAAUCAAAAUACUACAAGAAUAAAGUCUAAAUAUUUUUAGAAUAAAGUUGAAAUAUUACGAGAAUAAAGUCAAAAUAUUUUGAGAAUAAAAUCGAAAUAUUAUGAGAAUAAAGUUGAAAUACUACAAGAAUAAUGUCUAAAUAUUUCAAGAAUAUAUAAAGUUGCCAGGUCUGUAUGACAAAACUAGCCAAAUGGUCACUCAAAAACAGCCCAAGGUUUAGGGGUAGGUAAGGAACAAAGAUGUACCUUUUCACUUUUGUACCUUAGGGUACCGCCCUGACACCGUACCUUUUUUCUGACAGUGAAUGUAAACAUAUUUAUUUUUAAAAAUACAUUAAAAAUUGAAUGCAUCCUUGCUGAAUAAAAGUAUUAAUUUCUUAAAUUAAAAAAACACUUAGUUACCCCAAACUUUUACCAAAGUCUGCCUUUAGAAGACUUAUUUUCAUAAUUUACAAUGUAAUCAUUAUAUUUAACUUAAAAACUAAAUGAUUAGUAUGGGAUCUGAACAGGGUUGCCAGGUCUGCAUGAUAGAACUAGCCAAAUGGUCAUUCAAAAACAGCCCAAAGCAGAGCAGUGACUAUAUCCCAAAUAUUAAAACUCAAAAUAUGUCUUUUCCCUACCUAAAACACAUAUUUUAAAUUCGCUGUUAAGUACAUUGAUCAUAAACAAGCUUCUUCUCAGUGGCCCUCAUUUACAAAACUUAACAUCUAACGCAGUUUAUCAUGGGUAGAAUGCAAAAUCUGUUUCAAAACAAGCAUUUCAGUCAAAGGUAAUUUAAGCAAUAUUUCUUAUCUUAAACCCAUGGAAAUGGUUUAAAAGUAGCCUAAUUCUGUGGAGAAAAUGCAGACUUGGCAACCCUGAAUCUGAACAACAUGAGAGUGAGUGAACAAUGACUAGAUUUUCAUUUUAUUAGGAACUAGAAAAUGUAAUUUUAGAAUUCUGAGUUUUAGAUAUUUAGAAUUCUCUAAAAUGCAAAGCAAACGCUCUGCUGAUCUAUCUGAGGUGUCUUAAGGAGAGUCGUUUCUUUACAGUUUGACAGAUGAAACAGCAUUUUCUCUUAUAAUGUUUAAUGUGUGUGAAUGAGUCUUUCCAGUGCCUGAUAAAAGCUCACAGCUGUCACAGCUCCUCUCCCAUAAGGUUUUUCCACUGCUCUGCAGUAGUCUGUAUAUGAAAAGCUAUCAGUAUUUAGACAACAGUGCAGUGACGGUCAUCUAAAGAUCCCAUCUUAUUCUGAACUCAGUGACAGGGGUUCUGUUCAGUUUACAGAACCACUAAACACCAGCAUAAAGAAGUUUUAGGAUUUACUGCACAAGAAGCAUAGCACACACUCGCCCUGUGCUCUCUCUGUGUCCCAACGUGAUUCAGGUCUAACACGCCACUGACACCUUCAACUUUCACAAGGUGUGUUCCAACUAAAACCAGUUUUAAACAUUUUAUACAUGUUCUGAACAUUAUGUAUAUGUUUAUAUUUGCAGUUCUUUUGUUUUAGCCGUUUCAGUUUAUUCUCAAAACGCUUUAAAUGAAUUGCCUAAAUACCCACCGAUUCAGUCGGUGCCUUACUUUUCUCUGGAGAACGUUUUUAUGAUGUUUUUGAAAUGUUGCAGCGAUGUUGUGUCACCUUGUGUAUUCAUACUUCUGUACAACCGCUGUAAUUUGAUUUGUAAAUGAAGUCUUACACAAUGAUACAUCAGAAAAGAUGCAUUUGUAUGUGAUUCUGUUUUGAAAAGAAACACAUCUGCUAACUGUC